UUUUUCCGAUGCACCCUGAAUACAGCACGAACAGGUCAAACAGAAACUGUUUCCACAGUUUCGACUUAACUGGACGUGAAAACAGCUUAAUCCUCUUGUCCGUGAAGAAUCCGAGGGAGUGUCUUGAAGUUGCAAUCGUAAUGCAUGCUCACAUGCAUUAGUGCAUUUGUAGAAAAGGUAUUUUCGGAACAGUUGCGACUGUUUUGCUGUUAACCAGCCGUGUCUUUGUGGCCGCUGGCGGUGUAAAACGGGACUGAGGUUCUAAAGGGACUGAAAAUGAAUUAUACGGGUCGACAGUUUUUCGACGGAACCUUUAACCCUGCAGCAGCGGAUGUAAAGUACCAUGGCUUGGCAAAAGAAGGAGCAACAUGCUAUCUGAACAGUGUGCUGCAGGUGCUGUUUAUGACCAAAGACUUCAGAGAAGCUGUGAUUAGGCACACCAAUGAAAAUUCUCAGUUUAUUGACCAACAUCUUAAAGCCCUGUUUGAAGACUUACAGAAUCAUACCGCAAAGACGGAUGCAAUAAUAAAGAAGCUGGGCAUUGACAAUGUGUAUGAACAGCAUGAUGCUGCAGAGUACUUUGAGAAGAUUUUAACACUGACCAGUCCUCAGGCAUCACAGAUCUUCCAUGGCAUGUUGGCAAAAAAGACCGCCUGUUGUACAUGCCUGACACAGACUGACAUAGAUAUACCAUUCUGGCAUCUUCCUCUUGCACUGGUGGAUUCCUGCACUGACACAAAAGGAAGUGAAGGAUACAGAGUGGUGGAUGGCAUUGGCGAGUUUUUCAGAAUGACAGAAUUAAAUGGAGAAAAUCAGAUGUACUGUGACCAGUGUGAUGGCAAAGUUGAUGCUACUACUAACGAUGGAAUGAAGAAUCAUCCAGAUGUUUUGCUUCUACUUCUGAAGCGCUUUGAGUUCAGCUAUCAUGACAUGUCAUACGUCAAAAUCAACUGUGCUGUGGAGGUUCCCUACACCCUGCAGAUACCAGACAGUCAGACAUAUGAACUGUAUGCAGUUGUGGAUCAUGUUGGUGAUCUGAGAAGUGGACUUUACAGUGCAAGAAUCAAAAUCGAGGAGGAACACGGAGACAGAUGGUAUAAUUUCGAUGAUGCUGGAGUCACAGAGCUUGAUUAUCAACCGUUCCAGGUGGACAACACUGAGAAAUCUGAGAGUGCUUAUCUACUUUUUUACAGAAAGAAGAAAAACGCUGUUGGUGAAGAGGUCAAGGAGAUGGAACAGCUGUCCCUGACAGCAGACCAGAAAAGCCACACAGACUGUGAGGGUAGUGAAGUAUCAGACGACUCUAGAAAGGAUACUAGAGAAUGUGGGGAAGGUAGACAAAUUGUUGGAAAAGAUUACAGCUCUAAAUUUGUACGUUUUGAAGCUGAUAAAGUAACGACAGGAGAAAGAAAGCUGUUAACAAGAUAUGAUCUCUUAAAUGAAUCUCAGGACGAGCAAACAGGCAGUGAAAGAAUACAAAUCAUACCUAAAGAUAAUCAGAUGAAUGAGCAGAGGAGCAUUAGCAGGUUUCUUAAUGAACCAAUAGAAGAAGAUGUGAUGGGUGAAGUCAGUAAUCAUUAUGUUACACAUUUAGCACAUAAAGAUGUUAGUGUGCAAACACAGAGGAGGAGUGUGAGGGAUGACAGGGAAGAAACGAAAGAAAUGAGUGAAAUCACCACUGAAAAUCCUGACAACAGUGAAGCUGUAAAGCAUGAGGUUAGCAUGAGAUUAGAUGGUAAAGGGCAGAAAACAGCUGAGAAGAUUAUCAGUGUUACCCGUACAUCACAAAGUGUUGGUGGUGUGCAGAUACAGAGCAAAGGACAGAAAAAUGAAUAUGAUACCAAACUGAAUCAAAGUGAGGGAAAUAAGAUAACAAAGGAAAGACAAACAGAGAAGCAGGAAGUUGGUAGUAAUGAAAAUAUUGAAAUUGUAAGACUGGAGUGUUUUCAACCAAAAGCAAGAAUUGGAGCUCAGGGACUUGCAGGAGGCGGAUGUGGCUCAAUGAAUUCAAGUCCUAUUGUUAGAGUAAUUGACGAAGAACAUACAGAAAUUGAUAGUGCUUGUAAAGACGACAGUCAGACAAAGAUCAUCAUAAAGAAAACUAUGGAUGAAACCACACAAGACAUGACGAAAUGGUUAGAAAAACAAAGAAAUAUUAGAAGAAGUUUACAUCUUGAAAUAGAUAAAGAGGUCACUUUGGACAAAAUGUUAACUCUUUAAAUGUCAACAAAAUACACAUUUUCAUUCAUGAAAAUGAUUGAUACCAAAAUUACAUUGAAGAUCGCAGAGAAACUGUUUUAAUACUGCUCAUUUGUUUCCACUGUUCUUUUUGGAAAAUGUAGCUUCAGUGUUGUAUUCAUCUCUUUUUCAUUCUUUUUAACAGCUGCAAAAUGCUUAACUUACAAUUGACUACAGGAUUUAUUUGGUGUAACGUUUUUAAAGGCUCAAAGAAACUUGGGAUAUACCUUAGCAGAGAAUUAUAUUUAUGUUAUCACUGCGUGUUUUUGUCUUUUGUUGCUCUUCAUGGUUUCAUUUUUAUACAGUCUUGUAGUGUAUUACCGAUUUCAUUUUUUUCCCCACAUUUCUUUGUGUUAAAAAACCAAUGAAUGUAAAGUGUCAAUGAUUUCAGACAAGAAAUUUCACAAGGAGAUAUGUGAAUGUAAACCUUUGUGUGUUUAUAUGUUUAAAGCCUGAUUUUAAUUGCAGUAUUACUUAACUUUACUUUUCAAUCUGCUGUGCAUUUCCUUUUUCAGCAUUGCAAUGUAUUGUGUUCUUCAGCAGAGCCCACUGAGCUCAUCUGUUGCCAUUUCUUUGUCAUUUAUAUAUUGAUUUGCUGAACUUUGGCUCUGAAUUAAUAAAUUUAAAAAAUACUUUUUACAGCACUGUUUUGAUUCCAAUCAUGGCUAAAAUGUUGUCCAUAUAUUGUAUUAUGGCUUUACCUCUGGACACAAUAAGGAAUUGACCUAUAUGAGAUCAGAUUUAAACUUAAAUUUGAGAAAUAAAAACAAAAUUAUGUUGGUGA